AUGAACAGCUCCUCGCCUCUCACACCUGCUCCGCAUGCUUUGCCCGAACGCUGGUCCCGGUAUCAGCUCUCUGUUUUCGACAACUCCUUCGAGCGCUCGACAUUCAUUACCGGAUGGCUGGUUCAAGGUGCCAUCGAUGUAGAGGCUUUGGGCGCUGCGCUGGGACGAGUCACUCAGAAAUGGCGAGUUCUCGCGGGCAGAUUGGAGGCCGUUAAACAUCCCAAACUCUGGCAAAUCGCCGUUCCUCUGGAUGAGACAUUACCGACGGACUACCCGACGUUCGUCCUGACAUCGUCCAUCGCCGAAGUCCCUCUCGAGACAUUCAUCCAACUGCCUCUCCAGACGAACACCGAAGCCCUCCCCCAGUCGCUCUUUCUGCACCCGACCACUCCCCGGCAGAACGCCGACUGGGCAGCAAGACGCAGCCCGCUCACCUGCUGGCAUGUGACGCAGUUCCCCGCAGUCGGCGACCAGCCUGCGCACGCAUGCAUCGGCUUUGCACGCUCCCACGGAAUCUUCGACGGCGUCGGCGCAGGGAUGAUCAUGCGUGCCGUUGCUGCUGAGAUGGCUGGUCAGGAGUGGACCGUACCGCCACCGCCGUCCGAGAAACGCCAAGAGAAUCAUAUCACAUCCGUGCUGAACGCCAAGGUCGCUGGGGGAGAGGACACUGGCAAGGGUCAAUGUGGAUAUCGCGCGCUCGGACUGCCAGGGAUGCUCGGACUCGUCGGUUGGCACCUCCGCGAACGCUAUUGGCGAGGCGCUUCGCACCGUGUAUUCGUGAUCCCGCAAAGUGCGUUAACGCCGUUGGUCGAGGGCGUCAAAGCAGAGAUCAGAACCCAAGAUUCUGACCUGCUCGUGACCACCGGUGAUGUCCUGGUUGCCUGGCUGAUGAAGACCAUCUACUCCGAAGGCUCGUCGCCAGAAACACUAGCCCACUGUUGCAACUUUGCCUCGUUCCGCGAUCUCAUUCCUGGCCGAUCUCUGUCCGACUAUAUCCACAACUCGUUUAUUCCGCUUCCAUAUCCAGUGCUCAAAGUCGAGGAGAUCAACGCACUCUCGCUCGCAGAGUUCACUCGACGGUAUUGUGCUGCUCGCCAUUCCCUCAAUCUGGGGCACGUCGUUUCCGCGCAUCUGCUCUUGAGCAAUAACCCCAUCUGCAUGCCGGUGCAUCCCAAAGCUCAAGACACGAUCGUGCUAUCCAACGUCUCUGCAUCGAGGAUCUUGGAAACCGAUUGGAGUCCGGUCGGUUCGCAGGGGACCAUCUGCGGAUAUCGGUUUUCGGCGACGCCGAAUAAUCUGGUCAUUGGCAACUCGGUGUAUAUCUCGGGAAGACUGGGAGACGGCAGCACCGUCAUCGACGUUAACGUCAACCAGACGAGGUUGGCCAGUGUCGCCGCAGCGGUGAACGAUUUGACUCAAAAGCAUGCCAACACCGCGACUGUAUAA